GUAUCUUAGCUUUUGCUAUAAAGAUUAAAAGAAAAUACAUCAAUCACAAUGGCUUUAUCCGACUUCCUAAUUCUAUCUCUCCCCGUUUUCCUCUUGUUUCUUCUGAUCAAGAACAAAACCACUAAAAAAGCCUGUUUGCCUCCUGGUCCUGAUGGUCUUCCCUUCAUAGGUAACUUACACCAGCUUGGCAAUUCCAACCUUCAUCAGUAUCUAUGGAAACUCUCUCAAAAACAUGGCCCCCUCAUGUACUUGAGGCUAGGUUUCAAGCCAGCCCUGAUAGUCUCUUCAGCCAAAAUGGCUAGAGAGAUAUUGAAAACUCAUGACCUCGAAUUUUGUAGCAGGCCUGCCUUGACUGCCACGAAAACACUUUCCUACAAUGGCUUAGACUUGGCUUUCGCACCAUAUGGAGCUUAUUGGAGGGAGGUGAAAAAAAUAUGUGUCGUUCGUGUCUUUAGCUCAAUUCGAGCACAAAGUUUCCGUCCCAUUAGAGAAGAUGAGGUUUCUCGUAUGAUUGAAAACAUAUCCAAAUCAGCUCUUGCUUCUAAACCAUUCAACUUGACUGAAGAAUUGGUGUCUCUCACAAGCACAACAAUAUGCAGAGUUGCCUUCGGAAAAAGGUAUGAAAUUGGAGGAAGCGAUAAAAAUAGGUUCCUAGAGUUGCUUGACGAAAUUCAGGCUAUGGCUUCAAGAUUUUUCCUUUCGGAUUAUUUUCCAUGCUUGGGCUGGCUCGUCGAUAAACUAACCGGACUGUCCUAUCGUCUGGAAAAGAGUUUCAAAGAAUUUGAUGCUUUCUACAAAGGAAUCAUUGAUGACAAUCUUGAUCCAGAUAGGCCUAAGCCCGAGAGGGAGGAUAGUACUAUACUUGAUUUUUUGCUUCAGAUAUACAAGGAUGGCUCAUUUAAAGUUCAGCUAACCCUGGAUCACAUCAAAGCAAUUCUAACGGACAUAUUUGUUGCGGGGACAGACACAGGUGCAGCUACUGUGAUUUGGGCCAUGACCUUUCUAAUGAAGAAUCCUAAAGCAAUGCGAAAAGCUCAAGAAGAAGUUAGAAAUUUAUUUGGAAAUAAAGGUUUUGUGCAUGAAGAUGAUGUUCAACAAUUGCCUUACCUGAAAGCUGUGGUUAAAGAGACCAUGAGAUUGCAACCAACAGCACCACUACUAAUCCCAAGAGAAACAACCAAGGAGUGUUCCGUAGGUGGGUACGAAAUACCAGCCAAGACCUUAGUUUACGUGAAUGCUUGGGCUGUUGGAAGGGACCCCGAAGCUUGGGAGAACCCAUAUGAGUUCGAUCCUGAUAGAUUCUUGGGCAGUUCCAUUGAUCUGAAAGGAAAUGAUUUUGAGCUUAUACCAUUUGGUGCUGGUCGAAGAAUUUGUCCUGGGAUAUUUAUUGCACUCGCCACUGUGGAGCUUUCACUUGCGAAUCUUCUUCAUAAAUUUGACUGGGAAAUGCCAUCUGGGGUGGAAGAUAUAGACAUGGAUGAUGUGCUACCCGGUAUUGUUCCUCAUAUGAGGGAUGCUCUCUGCCUUGUGCCUAAGCUUGUGUGUGAUGGGGAAAUGGGGCAUAAAGCCACCGCAGCUCAUUAGCUGUUUCCCUUUGUUCGAUAUGGGCUUGCUACAAUAAAGAAUGGAGCAUAAUCCAGACAUGUAUUAAUGAAAGAUCCAUUAUUAGAUCAAGUAUGGCACUGGAUAUUUGUAUUGAUCGUGCACUAUCGUUUUUUAUGAUACAAUAAAAAGCAUUACGGCUUGUAUUUAAUUAAGAUCUAUGUCUUGGAUGGCAUAUGUUCAUUCUGCAUAAUGGCAAUAUGAAAAGAUUACACCUUCUAUUGUUUGA